AUGGAAACUUUUUAUCAUUUAUUCUUGAGACAAGGAAAAAAGUUAAAAUCAUUAGAAAUUUUGACUGAAUUAUUGGAUCAAUCAUUAUUUAAUACAGAGUUUAUUGAUACGAUCAUUUUAAAUAAUUUGGUCAAUGUUAAAACUUUAACGAUAAGAAAGCGACAACAUUUUGAUAUCCCCUUAUUUGUACAUUUUUUGAAAAAGUUGUCAAAUGAUUAUAAUGAAAUCAAGUUCUUUAAUCACAAAUAUGAAACUUUUAAUUUCUCACCUCUCAUAAAAAAUCUUAUUCUAAAACAACGACAACUUACUAAAUUUAAAAUAAAUUCUGAAUCAUAUUUCUCCAAAAUUAAUACUAGAACAAAAUUACAAUUUGACAAUUUGGUUUCCUUGACCUUAAUUAACAUGAACCUUCUGAUGAUUUCUUUUGAUAAUUUUAACAAUUUUAACAAUUUAAAAGAAUUGAUUUUUAAUAAUUGCGAAGAAAUGAGCGAUAUUCAACGUAAUAAAUUAACUAAAGCGCCUUAUAAUUUGAAAACCCUAGGUUUGGGUAAAUGGUCGGCCAGAACAAUAGAACUAUUAAUUAAAACUUUUGGCAGUUCGUUAAAAAAAUUAUUGGUUGGUACCAUAACUAUUGAAAUCAUUAACAUCGUUUCAUUAUACUGUUCAGAAUUAGUUACAUUUAAGAUCCUAGACAACAUAACAUCUAUUCAUUUUCCUUCUUUUCCAAUAUUAAAAAAAAUUAAAAUCAAGAAACUUACUUUCUUAUUUUGUGAUUCUUCAUUAAUUGAGCCAUCGAUUUUCCUAAAAAAUAUUGCAAUCCACUUUCCUGAAUCAAUAAGUAAUUUAUGUUUAUUUUAUAAUGAAAUUUUAUCAGCAGAUAAAUUAGAAACAAUUUUAUAUAACACUAAACCUUCUUUAACAUCAUUAACAAUUAAUUGUGAGAUUGAUAAUAAUUGUCUUCAAGUUAUUUUAGAUUAUGUUAAAAUAAGGAAAUCGACAAAAAUUUUAAAACUUAAAAUUCAAGUAAAUAUUAGCAAACUAGACCUUUUAGCUAGAAAUGUUUUGAAAAAUCUAAGAGAACAAGGUGUUGAUGUACAAUUAUUGAUCAUUUAA